CGAGUCUUGACUGCAGCUACAUCGUCGAGUGUGCAACCAGGAUGCGCAUCAAUAUGAAAAGAAACCAUCGCAUUUCUCUAAACGAAAACAAUUUACGGAUCAGCCUCUGUGGAUGGAGUCAGCCGUCCAUGUGUGAUGUGUUACAUCAAGUUGACGAUUGUAGAUCAGACUCAGGGGACGGCAAACUGGACAGCUCGGCUCUGGACCGAAACAGGAUCAAUAGAUUGAAACUGAGAGGAGCAUCGGGGUUACAGGGGAAAACAGGAAAAGGUUUAUCAUUGACAAACGUGUGAACACUCAGAUCAACCUACACGCAUUUCAAAGAACUUGACGUGACAGACGUGACUGAUUCUGAGUCUGCUCGGCAUCGUUCUGCUCCUCAGCCCUUCAAUUGUAAAAUCCAUCAUCAGCCCCGACGUGAACCCACCAUGUCCGGGAAGGAGCGCAGCCCCCGCCAUCGGCCAUGGUCGGUCUACCGGGCCAACACGUUUGAUCUCUCAGCUGAGAUGAUGGGGCUGGCUCUCUCAGGCAACAGUCAGGACCCAGACGAGCCUGUGCUGGAGUUCAGCGUUGCCUGCAGUGAGCUGGUUACUCCCUCUCUGGACCGUAAGCCAACCAGCUUCGUCGCUGUCAGCUGCACCACUCCGCCGCAGGCCUUCUGGACCAAGCAUGCUCAAACUGAAAUCAUAGAGGGCACCAGUAACCCUAUCUUCCUGAGCAGUGUAGCGUUCUUUCAGGACUCUCUGAUCACUCAGCAGACUCAGGUCAAGCUUUCUGUCUACGAUGUAAAGGACCGCUCCCAGGGCACGAUGUACAUGCUUGGUUCGUCCAUGUUUUCUGUGAAAGAGCUCCUGCAGGACAAACACCAUAGACUGCACCUGACUCUCAGGUCAGCGGAGAACGAGCGCGUGGGGAACAUUACCGUCAUUGCCUGGCAGAUAGAGGAGAAGCGCGAGCAGAGAGCUCCUGUUGCAAGAUUACAGAGAGGAGACACUGUAAAUGGAAGGAUGGUUCUCGCUGUUGAUGAAAGCCUGACUGAAUCCAUGGGCAUUAAAUCCAAGUCUUCAUCUCUGUGUAAAGACCCCCUGCUAAAGGCUGUGUUUGGGGGCGUAAUGUCGCGAACGUACCGGUUCCCCACCACGGACGGCAACCACCUCCGGAUCCUGGAGCAGAUGGCGGAGAGUGCACUCUCCCUUCAUAUUCCUCGACAGUUUGUCAAACUGCUGUUGGAGGAAGAUGCCGUUAGGGUGUGUGAGCUGGAAGAACUGGGUGAGCUGUCUCCGUGUUGGGAAAACCUCAGGAGGCAGAUCAUCACUCACUAUCAGACCAUCAUCCUCACCUACCAGGAGACCAUAAGUGACCUGCAUGAAUAUAAAGGUCCUUCCUUUAAGUCUAGUACCUUGAAAGCUGAGAGGAAGUUGGAGUUUAUUCCUACUAACCUGCACAUCCAGAGGAUGAGAGUACAGGGAGAGUCUGGCUAUGACUGGACAUACGAUGUUGUGACUAUUGGUGCUCCGGCAGCACAUCAUCAAGGCUUUAAAGGUUGCGGCCUCAGAAAGCUGCUGCACAAGCUUGAUGAAGCCAGGAAACACACUUAUGAGGAGGAAAGCUCUGCUGGCUCUGGCUCUAAAGGAAUGGCAUACCAGCCUCAGGAUGUCGUGAAAGCGAAGGAGCUGAUUGGUCAAAUUAACACUCUGAAGACACAAGUGUGUUACUACACUGAACGUCUGUCUCGAGCCGCCAAGGAGCGCUCAGCCAAUGCUCUGGAGAGAACCCUGGCCAUCCUAACAGAGAAGACUCGUCAGUUGGUGACCGUGUGUGACUCCAAGCUGCUGUCCUCUGCCAUCCUAUCCCUGGCAGCCGCUCGCCCAGAGUUCACUCAGCAAGGGACCCCGUCCCCGUCAAUCUCCUCCCUCUCGCCCUCCUCUCAUUCCCCCUCACGCUCCCCCUCCCGCCACCCGACCUCCCCAUCUCGUGCUGCCACCUCACCUUCUCGCCAUGCAGCUCCUCCGGAGGUCAGCGAGGGCAGUAAAAACAAGCGCGCCUCCAUGCAGGCAGACUUGCAAGAGGAAGAGUGGGGGAAGGUUUGGCUAAAUGUUGAUAAGAGCCUGGAUUGUGUGAUCCAGAGGGUGGACAGGCUGCUGCAGCGAGACAAACUCCAGAGCGACAGUAGCUCUGAGGAUGUCUUCCUGCUCGCCACAGAGGAGCCGGGUAACACCAAGAAAGAUACCAGCCCAGUGGUAGAAAAGACGUCCCCAGGUGAGUGGAGCGAGGCGCUGUACCCUCUCCUCACCACACUGACGGAUUGUGUGUCCCUGAUGAGCGACAAAGCAAAGAAGGCCAUGGUGUUUCUGCUGAUGCAAGAUAGCGCCCCCACCAUCGCCAUGAGCCUCACCCUUCAGUACCGCCGCGAUGUCGUCUUCUGCCAGACGCUGACAGCGCUGAUCUGCGGCUUCAUUAUCAAACUGAGGAACUGUCUCUGUGACUCAGGCUUCCUCAGGCAGCUACACACCAUCGGCUUACUGGUGCAGUACGAGGGCCUGCUCAGCACCUACGGUGAGGAGCUGGCCAUGUUGGAGGAUAUGAGCGUCGGGGUGAUGGACCUGAGAAAUGUCACCUUUAAAGUUACCCAAGCAACUUCGGGUUUCACCCCAGACAUGCUGCCAGUGAUCACAGGGAACAGGAACGGCUUUAACGUCAGGGUACCAAUGCCUGGGGUGAUGUUUGACACGCUGCCACGAGAGAUCCAGAACGGCAUGCUGCUGCGCGUGCAGCCCGUCCUGUUCAAUGUGGGAAUCAACGAACAGCAGACGCUGGCUGAGAAGUUUGGAGACACGACACUGCAGGAGGUGAUCAACACAGAGAGCGUGACUCGCCUCAGCUCAUACUAUGACCAAUUUAAAGAAGUCCUGCCAGAAGACUGCCUGCCCCGCUCCCGCAGUACCACCAGUUUGCCCGAGCUGCUUAAACUGCUGAGCCAGAAUGUGAAUGCCAAGAAAAGCAAGAACGUGGAGAUACUGUGGCAAGCAGCCGAGGCAUGUCGCCGGCUGAAUGGAGUGCGUUUCACCAGCUGUAAGAGUGCCAAGGACCGCACAGCCAUGUCUCUGACUCUGGAGCAGUGUCAGAUCCUGCAGCAGGAGCACGCCCUCGCCCCACAGGUCUUCUACCAGGCCUUAGACUGCAUGCGCAGUGAGGGCUGCAGGAGAGAGAACACCAUGAAGAAUGUGGGAUGUCGUAAAUAUGCCUUUAACUCUCUCCAGCUCAAGGCCUUCCCCAAACAAUAUCGCCCUCCAGAGGGCACAUACGGCAAGGUUGAGACCUAAGUGGACUCCUCAAUCUGGAGGGAACAAAAAGACUGAUGUCACCACACAAACAAAAAUACCAACACAAACUGGAGCAACAGCCCUUUGUUUUGUGCCACUGUUAAGAAAAGUAAUGUCCAAGUGCCAGUGCUACUGUAGAUUGUUUUAUAGCGGUUCCCCAACUCCUCCAGUAAUACUAGAACCACACACUUUUCACGGUUACUUCACAGCCAGAAAGAGUAAAGAUUUGGCUUUCUGUGUAACAUAGUAGCCAGUAUGCAGACAACACUGUUGGCUGUUGUACCAGUUGUAGCAUUAGGAAGUGUACAACUGAGUCCUUUUAACUUGUGUCCCUAGAAAUAACUUUUGCAACUGUCUCAGCCUUUAGAAAGAUGAUGUGGGACACAUAUCUGUCUUUGCUGCUUUUUUUUUAUUUUUAUCAGUUUGUCAGCUUAAGAAAAAGGCCAUUUAUAUUUUUAUCAUUAUCAACAGAUGCCAAGCGAAGACCAAAUCCAACAAAGAAUUGAUCUGUCAAAACCUGAUACAGCAUAUUCCUCUGUGAGUAGGCAAAAUGUUUUUGAAGCAUUCACUAAUUUCCAGCCUAAAACACAAAGUGAAGCUGCAUGUAGAUCCCACAGAUCUCAUUUUAUUUGUCGAGUGUUGUCAUUUUUCUUAAUAAAUUCAGACUAAUGGUAAGAGCAGCAAGCAAGCAGGGGACUGUGCUGUGUGGAGAUUACAAAAUGUGAAAAGAUGUCUUGCAAAUAGAUUUUUAAGAAACUUACUGUAUAUCUUGCUGCCAUUUGGAGCUGCCUACACGUGAGGUUGCCUAGUGUAGCUUUAAUUAGACUUCGAUCAUGUUUGUAAAAACAAAUGUCUUUGCCUGUUAAGAUAUUUCUCUGGACCUAAACUGCACUGCAAAAGGACAUCUGUUGAAGUCACAGCACUUUUCUUGUCUCCCUCCCAUUGUCUCUCCUUUACAUCUUCUUCAGUCACAUAAAUAUUCAACACAGUAUCUCUCUAUACAACAAGCACAGAUCUUUAAGAAGUGCAUAUCUUGCAUUUGUGUUGCAGUGAUUUUGUCUAAUGUGAUUUCUGAGGUGCUUCUGAUGCUACACUGGAAGCGUUAAUGGGGAACCGGUUCACAAAUUGUGGGCUUUAGAAGCAGUGCAUCACAUUAUUCUAUACUUCUAACAUAUCUACAGAUAUUUAGGACAUUUCUGCUGUUUAUACGCAGCAUUAUAUUGGUUCGACAGUCCUUCAAACUUUUGGUUUUUAUUUAUUAAAAGUGUGUGUUCUCGGUUUGACAGCAUUCUGAAUUAUGCACAACUUUGUGAUCCAAUAUGGAUGAAAACUUAAUUUAACCUGCAUGAAGAUUUAAAAAACUCCUACUGCUUUAUACUAGUUAAUAAUGAAUUAAAAGUACACAUGAGCACUUGACAGAUGGUUUUAGACUGAAGUGAAAUAAUGCAUAUUGCAUUAUUCUAACGACCUUCAACAGCACCUCUUCUGUCUUCAGUUUACCAGCUCCAGGCUCCAAUGUACCUUAAUGUACAAAACAUACAGAGACAGUUGAUUUUAUUUUGAAAAUUAUUUUGCUUACAGGUAUUUAUGUUGAUAUGUCUGUUUUUGCCAAAUGUUGUUAUAGUUUUAUCCAUUGUUAUUGAGUAAGUUAUGACCUUGUUCUCAUCAGUUGUACAUGCGCACAGGUUAGACAGGGGAGUUUUGGGAGAUGCCUGCACCCCCACACAGGUAUGACGUGAAACUGGAUAAUGAAUAAAGGCUUGUCAAUGCCAAA